GUACAUGUUUGUAACCAUUUCUUCUUACUUUAGAAUGGCUGUGCCGUGCAUCAUUCUCCUUGGCAGAUUCAUAGUGGAUUCUUUGGGAGAGUCGAUGGUAACAUCGCCUCGAGUGUCAGAAUGCUGCGCUGAGAAACUGGAUUUAAACGGCUCCUGUCCGACGGGCCGCAGGUGCAGUCCAGGAUGUUAUCGCCUUUUGGCAGAUGAUGGAAGAAGCACCUGCGUUCCGUGCAGCAAUGAAACCAGCCUGAGCGUGGAAAUCACCUACAAUGUGACAGAGUGCAGGAACAUGAGCUCUCGUACCAUAGACUUGCACAUGAACACCAGCACUCCAUCUGUUGCCCACAACUUAGGCAGCCCAGGGGUUGCGGCCUCUCUACUGUUGGGUAUACUCCUCAUCAGUCUCUUCCUCAUACUUUCAGUAGCCUCAUUUUUUUAUCUUAAGCGUUCUCAGAAACUACCAGAAAUGUUCUACCGGAGAAAUAAGGCGUCAAUCUUGCAGCCUAGUGAAUUGGCAUCCAUGAUUCCAGAUCCAAGAUCAUCAGUAAGGAAGCCAAGAUACGUCAGACGAGAGAGAAGGCCGACCACAACAAACCCAGUGUUGCUGAAUCCACCAGAAGAUACCACUGUGAGCAAUGUAUAGACUCUGGCCAAAAAAAGUUCAGCAGUCAAACCUUUUGGAGUGGGAAUAAGAUCAUGGCUAAUGGAACAAUUAGGAGUGGGGUUUUUUUGCCAAAAGAAGUGUUUCAAGACGUACAAAGUAGCUUCUCAGCAUCAAAGGAAAUCCUCGCUCUGUGUAUAAAGUUUUGAGGUAUGAAAGAAUUGGCCGUGCAGCUGCACAACAUUUCAAGGAUUACGCCAGUCUCUGUUCACAGUCUAGAGAGCCUGAAGACUGUGACGUGGUUGGAGCCAGAAGGAAAAAAUGGAGACACCAGGCACUGUUUCCAGAUGUAUUUUUUACAUUUUUUUGUAUUUUUUUUUAUACAGGAAAUAUCAAUUGAUUUAAUAAAUUAAUUUUAAAGGAAAACUUUUUUUUCCCCGUAUUUAUAUAAAUGUUUCCACUAACGUGCAAUACU